AUAGGUUUUCAGCAUUCUGCUUACACCUUUGGCAUAGAGUCACAUAUUUCACAAUCCAACAUCAUGGUAGCAACAGCAGCCCUUCUCUCCAUCAUCCAGAAGGCUGAGAUCAGUGUUGGAGAUGAUGGUUCGGAACAACCCAUGGAAAGCUUAUCACUCAUUGAUGCUGUGAUGCCUGAUGUUGUUGCAAGUCGUCAACAGCAAACACAGAACAAUCAGAAACCACAAGUGGUAAAGACAGAACCACCAAAUUCCAAUGGAGAUGAACCCAUGCAUUCCUAUCGCUGGGAAGAGGAAACAGGAGUAGAGAUACCUGCCAGCAAAUCAACUGUACUACGUGGCCAUGAAUCUGAAGUUUUCAUCUGCGCCUGAACCCAACAACUGAUUUAUUGGCUUCUGGCUCUGGUGAUAGUACUAAGGACAUACGAAUGAAGUAAACGCUAUCAAGUGGGAUCCUCAGGGUAAUCUUUUGGCUUCCUGUUCUCACGA